AGCAACCUGCCCGUCAGCCGGAGCUGCAGGGUUUCCUGCUUGUGUGUUCCGGAGCCUGCAGGUACGCGUCUGCAAACUUCGGGGUACCUAGACUUCAACGACUGAAUUCCCGGUGCUCCGCGGUCGCUCACCCGCUCUUUCCCCGUCUCACCCGCUGUCCCGGCUGCUCGGUCCUUCGCUCGACGCAGCCCACACCCCGGCGCCAUGGCUCCCAGGAAGGGCCGCACUCGCAGCACCAAGACCAACGCGCUGCGGAACCGCAAGCUCGCCUCCUUCCUGAAGGACUUCGACCGCGAGGUGCAAAUUCGAACCAAGCAAAUCGAGUCCGACAGACAAAACCUCCUCAAGGAGGUGGAAAACCUGUACAACAUCGAGAUCCUUCGGCUCCCCAAGGCGCUGCGCGAGAUGAACUGGCUCGAUUACUUUGCCCUCGGCGGAAACAAGCAGGCCCUGGAAGAGGCAGCAACCGCUGAUAUAGACAUCACAGAAAUAAACAAGUUAACAGCUGAAGCUAUUCAGACACCUUUGAAAUCUGUCAAAAAGCGGAAGGUAAUCCAGGUGGAUGAAGCGAUAAUGGAAGAAGAAGAAGAAGAAAAGAACCAUAAGACUCUUCGAUCUGCAAGAGUCAAAAGAUGCCCUCCAUCCAGGAAGAGAACCCAGUCCAUACAAGGAAGAGGCAGGAGCAAAAGGGUAAGCAAUGAUUUUGUGACACCAGCCAUGAGCAGGCUGGAGCCAUCUCUGGUGAAACCAACCCCAGGUGUGACACCUAGGUUUGAUUCCAGGGUUUUCAAGACCCCAGGCCUGCGCACUCCAGCAGCCAGGGAGCAGAUUUACAACAUCUCCAUCAACGGCAGCCCUCUCGCUGACAGCAAAGAGAUCUCCCUCACUGUGCCCGUGGGAGGUGGUGCGAGUUUGCGGUUAUUGGCCAGUGACUUGCAGAAGGUUGAUAUUGCUCAGCUGAAUCCAGAGGCCAUAGGAAACAUUAAGAAGCUCUCGAGCCGCCUUGCCCAGAUCUGCAACAGCAUACGGACCGGCAAAUGAGAAGGCGGCGGUGGCGGCGGCGGGGCAGCAGAGGUGGCGGCAAAGCGCACAUCUGUCCUCUUCCCCCAGUCUGUGGGGCGCUGGGUGGAGAGUUUCACUUGCUGACACGUGGGACGGUGCUUCUGUCUGUCUGUCUGUCUGUCUGUCUGAGAGCUCCGGUGUCUUGCUGUACACCUCUAGUUGUUUGGAUCGGGAACACAGGCCUAGUCAAGAGCUCUGUGUGCCUGGUGCAGAGUGACCGUGAGCCGUCUGUGGCUCGAGGUUCCCCAGCCUGUAGACUGCUUGGGCCUUGUCCUGGAGGGCUCGCGAGCAGGGCCGUGUGACUGUGCUCUGCAGGGAGCGGUGGGGCCCUGUGCUCCCACAGGGGUGGGGCCCUGUGCUCCCACAGGGAUGGGGCCCUGUGCUCCCACAGGUGCCGCUGCACAGCUCUUUGGUAGUCAGUCUGUUAUUAUUUCAGUCCUCUAGUUUUUCUACUGCUGAGGUUUUCAUGCACGUUGUUUUCUGAGCAGUGGCAUUUCGGCCGACUUGUCCUACUGCAAGAUUGCUGUUUUCAAUAAAUCUUGGUUUGCUUUGGUUUUUA